UUGAAAAGAAAAAUAAAACUAAAUUUGAAGACUAUUCUCUUUUUGGAUUCCCUGCCUCAAGGGGAGAUAAUAUAGCUUCCUAAUCUCUGCACUGAACUGGUCGUCAUGGUGGAUCUUUUUAUUGAUCGAGUCCUGGUGAAAAACAACAAAGACCAGGAUGAACUGGACACUGAACGUGAGAUUGUCAUGCGCCUGCAGAAUCGUAUCCUGAUGCUUUUCUUUGCAUCUACUGAAUGUGAGACCUGCCAGAAGUUUGCUCCAACACUCCAUGAAUUCUUCAAACAGCUGACAGAUGAGUUCUAUGUGGAGCGUGCCGCACAGCUGGUUCUCCUGUACAUCAGUUUGGAUGAGUCAGAGGAACAACUAGAAAACUUCCUCAAGGAGCUUCCAAAGAAGUCGUUGUUCCUGGCCUAUGAGGACCCCUACAGGAGGGAGCUGGAGGCUAUGUUUAAUGUGGAGGAGCUGCCCACAGUGGUGGUGCUGCGCCCCGACUGCUCUAUCCUCAUCCCUAAUGCAGUAGAGGAGAUAAUCCGUCUGGGCCCAGACUGCUACCGCAACUGGCACGAGGCAGCAGAGCUCAUUGACAGGAACUUCCUUACAACAGAGGACUUUGAGGAGAAAUCCAUGCGUAGCUUGAGUGACCCUGUCAGAAGACUUAAGUAUAAGGUGGAGGAUGAGAAGAAGAAAAAGAAGAAGAAAUAUCGCAGGGGUUGGGGUGGAGGUGGUGAUGAUGAUGGGAAAGUGGAAGCUGGAGCUGAUGACAAGGAUGUAGGCGGGUCACCAUGGUGAUGCAGACCAAAAACCAGAGGUCAAGACUGUGUUUUUAAUCCAAAAGUUGCUGUGAUUAGAGAUAAAAAAAAAAAAAAGCUUUGUCACUAAGCUUUGUUCGGUACAGCCAUGAAUGCAGUUUUGUUUAUCCAAACAAAAAAACAUUUCUCAGCUAAAAUUCAUAAAACAUUCAUGUUUCUUAUCUGUGAAGUGGAAACUGAAAGCUGAUUUU